AUGUCGGUCAAGCAGUACAAGAUCACUGUCCCCUCGACCACUGCCAACGUCGGCCCCGGCUUCGACGUGUGCGGCAUUGCUCUCUCGCUCUCGCUCGCGCUCGAUGUGUCCAUCCCGACUGACGGCCAGGGUGACGAGCUUCCCGUCAUUACCUACUCCGGUCUCGACAGCGACAACGUCCCCCUCUCCCCUUACAAGAACCUCCUCACUCGUGUCGCUCUCUAUGUCCUCCGCUCGAACGGCAUUGACACCUUCCCCCGCGGUGUCAAGAUCCACGCGCACAAUGAAAUUCCGUUCGGACGUGGCCUCGGCUCCUCGGGUGCCGCCGUUAUCGCUGGUGUCCUCCUCGGCAACCUCCUGGGCAACCUGAACCUGCCCACGGAGCGUCUCCUCGACUUUGCGCUCAUGGUUGAGCGCCACCCGGACAAUGUCACCGCUGCCCUUGUCGGUGGCUUCGUCGGCUCGUACCUCCGCGAGCUGCCUCCUGCCGACCUCGCCGCCGCUUCCGUCCCGCUUGCCGAGGUCCUUCCCGAGUACCCCGCCGACGCUGGACCGGACUGGGGCAAGAACCCUCCCCAGGCCCCUAACGGCAUCGGACACUAUGUCCGCUUUGGCUGGGCUCCCGAGAUCAAGGCUAUCGCCGUCAUGCCCCGCUUCGAGCUCGCCACCGCCAAGUCGCGCAACGUUCUCCCGGAAACCUACUCUCGCAAGGACCUGCGCAUGGCGGUACUCACCACCGCGCUUGCCCGCUCCCCUCCUGACGCUGAGCUCAUCUACGAGGCUAUGAAGGACCGCGUUCACCAGCCUUACCGUGUUCCUCUUAUUCCUGGAUUGCAGAAGAUCCUUUCCGAGCUGACCUACACCUCCCACCCUGGCCUGUGCGGUAUCUGUCUGUCAGGAGCUGGCCCCACGAUUCUUGCGCUGGCCACGGACAACUUUGAGGGUAUCGCCAAGGAGAUCGAAAGGAUAUUUGCCGAGGAGGGAGUGCAGGUUGACUGGAAGGUCUUGGACGUCGACACCAAGGGCAGCACCUGCGAGGAGAUCAAGGCGUGA